AUGUCGUGGUUUGAAACAGUAAAAAAAGCAGCUACAACUGUUGCGAAGAAAAUAGCUGAAGCAACUCCGACUGUCAUGUUCGGUGCAAGUGCUGUUCCUGACCAUCACAGCGGGUGGUGGAGUGUUCUCAAUGAACCUAGUACGUCUGGAAACCCAGGUGGAGGAUCCAGUGAAUCCAAUAGUGAUAUUGAUGUUGCAAGUGUAUCUACAGCUGUUGAAGUGACAACUAGAGCGAGAUACACUUAUGAGCUAGACAGAUUUCAAAAGAACGCUUUGUUAAUGUUUGUGCAAAUGAAAAGCGAACCACCGGGGAGUAGCAGAGUAGAAGAAACGACGACUCAAGAUUUAAACUUUAUCCGGGAUACCCUCACCGGUUUUCGGUUCGAAGUAAACACACACAUAGAUCUCACUUGUAGCGAAAUCGAGAAUAAAUGUCAGGAAUUUUUUCAGCAAAACUUUACCGAGUACGGUGCGGUUAUCGUGGUUGUUCUCACGUUUGAUGGCACAACGGGACAGUUAUCGGCGCUGGACGGCAGAUUUUCAGAAUCGAUCAUUUUGCAUCACUUGACGGACAAUUUGAAUCCGACAUUGCUCAGCAAACCCAAAAUAUACAUUACCGAGGCCAAUCGGAUAAUUUCCUCUGAAAAUGGACUCCGGUUGAUUUCUAUAUCACUGGAAGGACAUCUAGAUGUUUUGGGAUUUCACUUACCAACUAUGGAACAUCAAUCGAUGAUACGACGUCCACUUCUGCUUAUAUGUGACAACAUCAAGAAUAUGGCUGAUACUCAAGACUUUGCCACUAUAUUAAAGAAAUCUGCAGACGACAUUUCAACAGACGCAAACUCCGUUUUUGUGAAUAAUCCUAUAGAAUAUUGCAACAAGUUUACAAAAGAGAUGAUAUUAGCGAAAUCUUAAACAAUC